AUGGCUGGUAUGGCCGGCCAAAGAAAGCGCUGGGAAUGCCGCCGAAGACGGCGAGUCUGCGAUAUGACUUCGCCUGCAUGCCAGCAGUGCGAGAAGGGCGGGAUCGCAUGUUCUGGAUACGGCAAGAACAAGCCAGUGACGUUCCUACCGAUCGGCGUCAGGAACCGGCAGAAGAGGGGAGAAGACGGCAAGGCUUUGGAUGCCAGGCACCCCAUGGAUCGUCACCGCGUGUGCAGCUCAGACCUGACAGCUGCGCAAGCGUCCCUCCCGCGAGAUCUGGUGAGGCAGCAAGACGUCUACUUUGUGAACGCUGCCAACUUCUUGAACGAUCAUCGAAAGAAGCUCUUUUCGGCUACCAUCUUCGACAAUCAUAUAUACUUUGAAGACAUCCCGUCGGCUGGCCCGGCUUUGCCCACGUCAGUUUGGCAAUCGGUGACAGCUAUUGCUUUGCUCUUCCAUAGCAAUGUUGCCAAGCCAAUGUCCAGCGAACGAAAUGUGCUACGGCAUCGUCUACUUGGCGCAAAACAUCAGGCCAUUCAGAAUCUCGUGGACGAGAAAGGCACACCUACCUACUACACCAUAUCAAGCAUUUCCAUCUUGGCACAAACGGAUAUCAUGUGCUCUCCCGAGCCUCAAUGGCGGCGGCAUCUGGAUGCUUUGACGCUCAUACAUCAGAGAUCUCUUCGAGAUAACAAGAAGGGGGGCUUGUAUCACCAUCUGAAACAGUCUGUCAUGAUAUGGCUCUUAACAACCAUCACUAUAGAUACCACCUCCCCAGCAAGCGACCAGCUAUUUUCUGAACCGCACCUACAAUACUGGCGACUCAUCGGCUCUCAGUACUCGGACCGAAUUCCCCCUUUCCCACCUUUCCCAUGUCCCCAUCCUUUGCUGUCUUGCCUGGUGCGGAUAAAUCUUAUCCGCGCCCAGUCUGAUACCACUCGCUUACCGAAUAUCGGAGAGUCUUUCACCACUCUUAUCGACGAGAUCGAUAACUUCUCUAGCGAAGAAUGGGUCCAAUCUCUCCAAGGCCACGUCACGGACCACGACACUUGGCUAAGGCUGGCAGAAGUCUUCCAAGUCGCUCUCCAAGUCUACACCUCGGCCGCUCUGUCGUCCUUCAGCUCUCGAGCUUUCGGCUGGUGGACGACCCGUAGAGAAUCGCUGCUGGCAGGUCUCAUAGCAAAACUCUCAGAGUUCAAUAAUGAAACGGUCGAUUGUAUCGUUUUGGUGUGGCCUACAAUUGUUACUGGUUUCGUGGCGAAGAGCGGACCAAGUGAGUAUAGAGAUGCGGUACGGAUGCGGCUGCUGCAGAUGUCAGGCAGGUUGGGAUAUCAGGGGCUCCUGAAUGCACUGAGUACACUGGAGAGGUUUUGGAGGAGCGAGAAGUGCGAGAUGUGGGAUGAAUGUUUUGAGAGGUGUGGGGCUUAUAUUGCCUAG